ACUGUGCCUGUUGAGCUGAAUGUCAGAGUGGGAGGGGAAUUUGUAUGACUGCUGGAUGCUAUUUAACUAAGAUAUUCUUAAAGAGCCUUGGAAAAACUUUUGCAAACAGGUGGUUGGUUGACAUAAAACAGAAGAGGUGAAUAGUUGUGAAGGGACAGGAAGAGGAGAGAGCAAGCACUAUGCACAAAGAACCUCUCUUUCAACAACUCCAGCAGGAGAUGCAGUGUAACACAGAGCAGCAACGUGCAAAUGCACAGCAAUGUCUUUCUUCAGCCCAUGGGGGGGCUGCAGAUGCAAGUAAACAACACUCAAGGAUGAGCCCAUUUCAUAAGCUGCUAAGUAAGCUAUGGAAUAUAAUAAGCCAGGCUCUUGUCAUUGCUGUCACAGUUUUCUUUUUGAUGUGGCAAUCAUUCAAAGCUCUGAUGUCAAAAUGGAGCCAAUUGCCUAGCAAAGGACAGUUUAGAAGUAAAAGGAACUUCAGUGUAAAUGCAGAAGUUGAUGUGCUCUCUUACUGUGCUAAGGAAUGGAAAGGGGAACUACUCCGUGCCAAGAAAAUGAGGAAGGCAUAUGAAGAACUCUUCUGGAACCAUCAGAUCAAAAGACUCCGAUCGGUAAAAGAUGACCAUUAUUGUGCUCUCAGAGCUGUGUUAUUUCAAGUUUUUAUUCAAGGAAUCCCAUUUCCUUCAUGGAUGAAAGAGAAAGAUAUACUAAAGCUUCCUGAAAAACUCCUGUAUUCUCAAGGAUGUAAUUGGAUUCAGCAGUUCAGCUUUGGGCCCGAAAAGUAUACAGGACCUAAAGUGUACACAAAGCUGCGCAAAUGUUUAGAAGACCUCAAAAGUCAGUGGAUGGAGGUUUGUGCUGCUAAAGACCACUGUGGAAGACAGAAGUUGUGCAAAGCUAUUUUUUCUGAUGAAGCAAAGGAGAAUACACUUUAUGAAGCUGUAAAGUUUAUCAUGUUGUACCUCGUCAUAGAUGCUUAUGAGAACAUGAAGACUGAACAGGAUUUCCCUGUCUUUCUCAAUUACCUUUUUUCCCGGGACACAUCAUCCGACCCUCUUAGUUUCAUGAUGAAUCACCUGAAUUCUGUAGGUGACACCACAGGAAUCGAACAGGUUGAUAUGUUUUUGAUUGGACAUGCACUUGAAGUUAAGAUAAAAGUUUAUCGACUGCACAAGUUCGAUACUGAAGACUUUCUAUUGUUUUACCCUGUGGACUAUAAAAGAGACUGGCAUGAGAUUUGCCUCCUGACAGAGGAUGAUCGACACUAUAAAAUACCUGUCAGACCUAAAUAAGAGAUAACUCAUGCCAACAUCAACACCAUAAUAUGUCAAUACCAGACAUUAAACGUGAAAUAUAGGACUAAGCAUUUAACACAUUGUUGAACUAUCCUAACAGUCUGCCAUAUUAUACAUAGAAGGUUCUGCAGAAGUAGUGACACCAAUGCCUUUGCUUUAAGUGUGACCUCCAGGUGUCAGUUGUUUGUAGACGUCAAUUUGCUGUGUUUUAAAGUGAGCUUUUAGAAAUGUAUUUAUUGAAAAAAACUAAACAACUGGAAUUUAAAAUGUAAUCAUUUUGUAGUCUUUGCAGGUCAAGAUGUAGUAUAAGAGAAUGGUUGAUAAAAAAAUUGCCUUUCCAACGA